UGCCAGCUGGUAUCAUAACAUCAGUCCUGGCCGAGGGCGCACGGAAAGUUCAAGCCAAAGUCUCUGUUUGUGUAUGUGUGUGUGUGUGCGUGCGUGUGUGCGUGCGUGUCUGUGUGUGAGAGUGUGUGUAUGUGUGCAGUCUGUCUGUCUAAUAGAGUGACCCCCCAGCAAGCAGUUUAAAGGGAAGACAAGAGAGCUGAGUCAACGAAUCGCAAGAAGAAGGAUGCAACAGUUGAUGUGCUCGAGUUGCAGCGUGCACACUUUUCUUGUAUUUGGAGACACACACGGAGGAUGGUGGCUUUGAUCUGAUCUGUGUGGAGGAAGGAUCUGAUGUUUUUGCUGAUUUAAAACCUGUCAGAUGAACUGAAAAUUAAAACAGCCCGUGUUUAAAAAAAAAAAAAAAAAAAAAAAAAAAAAAAAAGCAGUGGGUGUUUAGUUGUAGGCUGUCUCAUCAAAAUGGACAUUCGGACAGAAAUGCAUUUGGAGGGACUUCAUGCUCUGCUGGAAUGGAGUUGAAGUGUGGAUUUCGGAUGGUCUGCGGCGGUGAGUAGCAGUGCAGUCCGCACCAACAUGCAUCGGAUUCUGCAGAGGAGGCGAGUGCGCAAACUGCGGGUCGUCUGGGCUUCUCUGGCUCUGGUGGCUCUGUCUCUGGCCGCAUGCAGUGCGCUGUUCACGGCGUGGACUUGGCGACAGACGCGAGACCUGUCGCAGUCCUUCAAGAUCCUGCAGGACCGACUGGAGCAGGUCAAUACACAGAGGAAGGCCAUUGUUCAGCUCAUUCUGGAGAAGAGAGAGCUGCUGGUGGGGCAGAGAGUGAAGAGAGAUGGGGGGACGCUGCGAGGGAGGAAUGGAAACGGAAAGAAAGCGGCGUCUCAUUUUGAGAUAACUAAAGUCUCCUCUCAGCAAGUGGGAGACGGUGGUGUGAUAAAGGGCUGGGAAGAGAGGACGUUGAAUAUGAGCAAAGCGGUGAGGUACAACAAGGAGCAAGGUACCUUCACCGUGGAGAAGGCAGGCGUCUACUUCCUGUUCUGCCAGGUAUUGUUCAAUGAGCAGGAAUCUCAGUAUGUGAAGCUGGACGUUGUGACCAGCGGUCAGAGGCCUCAGAAGCUGCAGUGCAUGGAGGGCUAUGGGACGACUCCCUCCGCCGGGCCGCACCCCUUCCACUUCCUGAAGCCCUGCCAAGUGUCGGGCCUCCUGCGACUGGACAAAGGCACAGAGCUGCACGCCAUCACAGGCCCGUCGUUCAAACUCCACACUGUGGGCAAUCCCUCCGCUUCGCCUCACGUCUUCAGCAUCUUUAAAGUCAACUGAA